GUGAGAUCACUUGGUGUGGGAGAGUGAAAACCAAAAGCGCUGGUGACACAUUCAGCGUUCAGACUGGAAGGAGAGAAGCGCGCACAGAUUCAUUGUUGGAAUUUGAAGUGAUACUAUUAGCUGUGUAAGUCCCAUUCGCAGCGAUGGCAGCUGUGAAGGCUCUUCAACAGUGGUGCAAAAUCCAGUGUGAAGGAUACCGGGAUGUGUCGAUCACAAACAUGACCACAUCGUUUCGGGACGGUUUGGCGUUCUGCGCUCUAAUUCACAAAAACAGACCAGACUUGAUAGACUUUGACUCUUUGAGCAAGGACAAUAUUUAUGAAAACAAUCAACUGGCUUUCCAGGUAGCAGAGAGGGAGUUGGGUAUCCCUGCCCUGCUGGAUGCAGAAGACAUGGUGGCUUUAAAAGUGCCUGAUCGUCUUAGUAUUCUCACCUAUGUCUCCCAGUACUACAAUUAUUUCCAUGGACGCUCUCCUAUUGGAGGUAUGGCAGGGGUGAAGAGGCCAGCUGAAGAAUCUAAUGAAGAACCAUCUGGAAAAAAGAACCAACCUGUCACAGCUAAAGCUUUUGCCUCACCUAAACCAGCAACAGAGAAUAAGAUGCCUAAACCAGCAAGUGACGUUAAGAGAGACGUUCUGGUUGAGCGUGCUAAUAAAACAGUAACUCUAAGCAGCAACUGCAAUGUGUGCAACCAACAUGUUCACCUUGUGCAGCGCCACCUAGUCGAUGGCAAGUUGUACCACAGGAACUGUUUUAGAUGCAAAGAGUGUUCCACUAUUCUCCUCUCUGGCACUUACAAGGCUGGAAAAGAACUAGGGACUUUUAUCUGCAAGACUCAUACAAGCAUUGAGAAGCCUCUGACCACCCAGACCACACACAUUACAGUACCACCACAAAAAACUCAGUCCUCCAAUAUCAGCAAGAGCACAAACUCCAUGUUGAAUAACCAGAAUGCAUCAAGUGGAGGUACUGGAAAGGCGGGUUCAACAGCUUAUGCAUCUAAACAUAGCUGGCUCACCAGUAAUAGAGACAGAACACCCACCCGUGACCCUGCUGCCACACCAUCACCAGCAGUUCAGCUCACACCAGCACCAAAAAUAACUCCAACACCAGUGACUACAACCAUAAAAUCUCCACCUAACCUCAGAACGCCCACUGAGACACCUAAACACACAAGCAACAGUGUACAGAAUAACCAAGAAGCCAGAAAAAGAUUCUUUGAGUCAAGCAAUAAUUCCAGCAGUAGUGUUCCUGUCAAUAAAAGCACCUCAACAUACACAUCUACUAUAUCAGUGACUCCAGGAGGUCUUAAAACUUCUACAUCAGAGCGCACAACACCAGGCACCACUGCAGGAACUGGAGCAAGCAAAGGUAAAGUCCUGCUGCGGGUGGGAGACUGGGCAAAAGUGCACGAGAAAGAAAAAGAGAAGGAGAAUGAAAAGGAGAAAGCCAAGGCUGUGAUUGGCAAGAUGGUGACGUCUCCAGCUGGGCUCAAAGCAAGUGGCAGUAAUGCUUCCUCUGCUGAAUCGUGUGUUAAAGGCCCCCUUGGUAGGGUGCGUCUGAAACCACUGGAUGUCAGCAUGGAACCUACUGCACCCGCUUCAGGAACACCAUCCUGGAUCAAAGACAAAAGCUCAUCUAAGCCUGCAAACUCUCUGACUGCCAAUAGCAAGGAAAAUGAUACCACGCCAUCUGACUGGAGGUCCAUGCUCAAGCCUGUUUCAAAAACUGUCAAUUCCAUCGAAAGCACCGGUACUCCCACCAAACGGCCAGAAGCAGCUUCCUCUCCACGGACAUCAAGUCUUGGGAUCUCCCAGGCAUCUGUUCCUGCCCCAUCUACCACCAACUAUUCCACUUGUAUCAUCCACCCCAAAACACCCUCACCUGGCCCGCUAAAAAAUGGGCCUAGACCUAGUGACCCCAUCAGUAGCAGCAGUAUAUCUCCUGUGUGCCCCUCAGGGACUGAAACUCACAAAUUGCACAAGCCGGAUUACAUUCCUAAAGAAGAGAUUAUGAAGGAACUAAAGGAAAUUGAGAUGAAUCUGAAUGAGCUGGAGAAGAGAGGAGUAGAGCUGGAAAAACAGCUUAGACAGUGUGAUGAGGAAGGACAAGAGGACACAUUAAUGAAUGACUUAAUGGUGGACUGGUUUAACCUUAUCAGAAACAAACAGGUCUCCAUGAGGCGUGAAUCUGAGCUUGUGUACAUUGCCAGAACGCAGGAUCUAGAGGAAGAGCAGCCCAGUGUUGAGGCAGAGCUAAGGAGACUGCUUGAGAAACCAGAGCAUCUGAAGACCUUUUGGGAUCGUAAACGAGAGGAAGAGCUGAUGGCCAAACUGGUGGAUAUUGUGAACGAUCGAAAUGCUAUAGUAGAGGGGCUAGAUGAAGACAGACUGAGGGAGGAAGAGGAGGAUGAGCAGCUGAAUAAGAUGAUACAGAGUCUUGAUAUGAAGAAAGACAAAAUCAAGAAAAAAUCAUCCAUAUCCAAAUGGUUUAGCAGGAAGAGCAAACUGACACCUUUGGAGGACUGAUCCUCACGGAGGGGUGUGUGUGUGUGUGUGUGUCUCGGACACUGAUAGUUUUCUACUUAUUGUCAUUAGCAGUUCAGCAUACGUUCAUCCAUAAAAUCUGAUUUGCAUUAACACAGUCCUUAAAAUUUUUUAUUUUGGAGACUUGUGUCUCCAUUAUGUUUUCACACUCCUUUCUCAUGUACUUUUUUUUUCACAUUUAUCAUCUGUCUCUGCAUCCAUCUUUGUGGGUGUGAUUUGUGCAUUUGUUAGCAAAAGUGUUGCACUAGAAUACUUCAGAUUAUUUUGAUUCUAUCUCGCAUUAGUGUUGAAUCAGGGAAUUGGAUGCAAUGUUGAGAGAAGAAAGUCUUAAAUCAUCUUGAUUCAUAUUGGAUCAAAACUGAAAAUGGACAGGUUAAGGUCCAACUUUUUAAACUAUAUUCAUUGACACUUGACAAUUUUUUUUUUUUUUUUUUUUUUUUUAUAUAAAUAUAUUUUAAUUGAGAAUACAGUAUAUCAUUCCUUUUGGUCCUCUUUUUGCUGGAUUCUUACUCUCUAUCACUAUUUUAGUGCAUGUAAAGGUCUAUAGUCAAA